CCCCACUCGGCCUCGCCCUAAAAAUUAAUAAAACUUAAAACCCAGUGUGCAAAGGAAGAACCCAGCCGCACAAGCAAAACCCCCUGUCCCUUUCGCUUUCUUCCCUCCCGCCCAGCCUUCUCCCUAUGGGUAUCGAGAUUUGAUCCGAAAUCAAUAUUUUGCUGAAUGGAAAGGAUGGCUUGAAAACAUUCGUAAUGGAUACAAAGGCUUGGUGGCGGAGGAACUACUUGGACCGGGGGGAGAUGCACCCAGCUAUUCGAUAGCCGCAGGAGAUCGCAACGAGCCAAUACCAUGGACGCGAGGACAUGACCACCAUAAGCUAGCACCGCUGCUUAUGCUAGAGUAAGUAAUUCGAUCAAUUGUCUAGCUUAAAUAAUUGGAUAGGAGAGGUCAGUUCUCGAGGGUUUUUCAUUGUGCGAUCCGACUGUUAUUUUUAAUGAAAGGGAUAUGCAUCAGAGGCUUGGCUUAACCGUGUAAAUGGACUUUUCAAGUAAUCAAGUUGAUUUGAGAUAGGGCAAUGGGGAAGAAAUAUUCAAUGAAGGGAGUACGGUUGGUGUUUGCUAGAAAGAAUACAUGGAUGCAUGAAUUCAUCACGGGUGGAAGGGAAGCAAUUCUUGAGUUGGCAUGCAUAAAGGAACGUGUAAGCGAGCAUGGAAUGGAUGGAGCAUACGUGGAGGUUAUUGAGGGAGUUCAGAAUGUUGUUGAUAAAGAGGAAAAGGAGACAUCAUCCAUCGUUGUUAAAGGGAUCUCGGAGACCAGAAUUCAAGAUAUAAUGGUGGUGGCGAUCGAUAGCUGAUAGUGAUUAACUCGUGUGGAUUCAGAACAGUAAGGCGAGUGUAAAGGGGUAAAUUCUACGCCUUAUGUAUUUUUUUUAAGUAUUAUGAUUUUAAGUAGCGAAUUGGUUACCGUUGCUUGAUUAUGUUUAUGAUUGAUUACUUGUGCUUUGCUUGAGCUAUGAUUUGAGGUGAUUUUGUGCUAUUUGAGGCGAUUUUGCGCUAUUUACCUUAAAGCGUUAUGUUAUGAGUUAUUGUUAAAGUUUAAGAAACAAGUUCUUUUUAAAAAGUAACUCACCUUCAAGAAGGUGAAGUCAUUUUAAGUGUUUUUAGUCUCUAGCGCCAGUCCGUUGCCAUUUGAGAUUUUCAGAUAGAACAACAGUUAUGCUCUUGAGAUCUUUGAGACAGAGCAGUAGUUAUGCUCUUGAGAUAUUUAAGUUGAGCAGCAGUUAUGCUCUUGAGAAUCGUGGAAGAAGAGCCUUCCACGAUAAGUUUAAGUUUAAGGAAAGCCUUGGUGGCUUCUCAUACGUAUGAGUUGGAAACCGGACUAGCUAGUGAGGGAUCCCCGUGUCAGUCAAUAAUUUUAAGUGGAGAUUUGAGCUUUAAGAAUACAGUUUUAAGAGUUAA